AUGACCGAGGCUUUUCUAGAGCAUCGCAACAACGGCAGCUUCUUUUGGCCGGAUUAUGAGCCAACCUAUCAACCAGAGUCCAUGAGGUAUUCGGUAGACAGAGAAAAGAUCAAAGACCUUUUGCAUCAGUUUUUCUGGAGGCAAAACGAAGGUAGCCCACGCAGCGCCAACAGUUUGCAGAUCAAGACAGAAGAGAACCAACCCCAAGUAUCGGACGGACCAGGAGCCAACUUCAACGACCCCAUAGACUUGACUGAUUUCGACGGCGAGGGGCCUCCACCGCCCAAUCGCUCGGCCAGGUCAGCAACUCUCCCCCAAUUUCGUACCCUUCCGGGAACCUCUCCAGACGUGGUCGCCAUGGACCCUGCCUGGCUUGGAGUCCAGUCCCCGCUCUCAAGUGAACCGGAGACCAACGAAGACUCUUAUCAAGAGAACAGAAGCCCGGGCUUGGGUACAUAUAUCGAUAGAUGCCAGCCUAGUAACAAUUGGACAUCACCUUUCAGCGAGGACCCACCAGUUGCACCCUACGCAAACAUGCAGCCUUCUACGGAUACCGGACACCAAAAGACUGAUAACUCCACCCUCGCCCGCACAAGGUCGUCAAAGAGGGGAAAGAAAAGGUCAGCUGUCGUAGACGCCAACAGAGAAUCGUCCCGCAGAAAGCAUGUUGUUGCCGGUGCAGCAUCUGCUUCUGGAACAGUACCGCCAGGCAAUCCGCUGACUGGCGCUCGUGAGGAAAUGGACAAUCCCAAGAUUACAACAGGAAGCCUCAUCAACGAAGGCCCUGCGGAUGCUACAGUUGGCACGACAAACUUGCACAAUGACAGCGAAGUGAGGGAACAGAGAACCACUCAGAGCGCGGAGAGAAACACCCAAUUGUCUCUGGAUAAAGGGAAGGCGCCCCUGUACAACCCUUUAGGCUUUCUCCAGCCUCACUCACCUGCGGUACCAUCGAACUCCUCUGAGGUUCGACACGCGGACCAGGUGACCGGUAUUCGCAGGUCUGAAGGGCAAGGGACAGUCCCUGGACCCUCUCCGCUUAGUACAGCCCGAGUUGAGUUCAGGUACCGUGUAAUCUCUCACUAUCCCGUCCACCGAAGCGUCCCCUGGAGAUCAGCAAGGAUCCGGAGCAAGACGCUCGCAGACUUGGAGAACGAACUGGAUCUUGAUGCCUCCCAUACCAAAGUCCUACGAUUCUCUCUGGAGGCCCCGGGGUCAUUGGCAGAGCAGCUCGUGUACCGGGGACGAGAGGAUGAAUUCAACGCCAUGAAGCAACACUUCGAGGACUGGAUCCGGAAAUAUAUUGCAAACAAAGCGACUGGUGACAGAGUUCUUGUGCAGUUUGAGAUCGAAGGACUCAUUGAUGAUGAUUCGCUUGACCGGAAGCCUAAUGAGGCUGCCUACAAUGAUGGGGCUGGUGAUUUCGAUUGGUGA